AUGCUUAUAUUGUUCUUUUCUGUCGUUCCAUUGCCGAAACCAAGACCGGAUUAUCUCGAUGUGGGCGAGCCCAUCGACUGCAUCGCGUGGAAUGAGCAAUUCAAAUGUAUGAUUGUUGCCUCGAGAAAACCGGAAGACAUUUCAAAGUGCCGCUUGAGUGUGUACGAUGACCAGAACUUUUCGAAACUGUGUGCAACAGAGCACGGAAACGGUCGUUGUGUGUGUCUCGCUGUUUAUCCAAAAGGCGAAGAUAUAUGCUCAAUUUUCGCACAUUUCGACAACUGGCAACUCGUAGUUUGGACCCGGGGAAUGAUCGAACGAUGGAGAAUCCGACUGCCUUCCUCGGCCACACCAGUGCGUCUCAUCCAGUUCUCAUUCAUUCCGGACGACUCCGCAGAUUUCGUCACCUUCGGCUCAAGCGCGGAACGACUGAGUUUCUGGAAAGAACGUGAAUUGCUUCUUGGUGACCGAUUGCAUCGCACACCGGCAUCGUUCCUCACUUACCAGGGAUGCAUGAACAUAGAAAGCGCUGCGAAACUGAGCCGAGAAGACAUUUGGAUAACGAACGCAGAUGGGAAUGAAGACGCUUUUCUUUUAUGGUCUUCGUCGCAAUUAGUCGCCUGCAUUUCAGCGACUCCGUCAUGUCACACCGAACAGUUGAUGACGCUUAAUGAAAACUUCAUCGCCAUAAGUGCCGGUGGUUCCGUUCGGAUGUGGAAACUGGUGGACAUUCUGAAAACUGUUGAUGUACAUGGAAUCACUCACACAUCAAGCGUCGGUCUUCAGCGUCUGCAAUUUCCAGAAGCCGGCGAAACGUUUCAGGUGCAGGAAACGCUUUGUCGAGCGCGUAAUUUAUCAGCGAAGGAUUCCAAUGAAGGGAUUAUUUCUAUGCUCGUGACGUUUGGGAAUGGAAGUAUUUCAAGGAUCGAAAUGAAUAAUGGGAAGGAGUUCGUUAUUCGCGGACUCGCGGGUGUCCAGGGAAUCGCAAUGCGGAAUGUCGAUGAUGAAGAUAUAGCAGCGGUAAUCGGAGUCAAUGGUGAAGUGUAUUUGUGGAAGCCACGUGUGUGUCAAGAGUUAUUCGGCAUUGGUUUCAUCAGAAGUGCGAAACCUACUUGUGUUGCGUGGGCCAGGGGUUCUUUGCUAAUUGGCGACGAAUCCGGACAUCUACACGAACUUCAUGCCAUUCAACAGCCGAAGGACUGGCAUUCCACGAGAGUUUUCGAAGAUAGUGCUUGUGUUGCGGUCGUAUCUCACGAAGAAUUCACUGGCUUGGUGUCAAGGGAUUCUGAAGGAUUCAUUUUCCGAAUUGGCGAGGAGAGUUUGGAGCCAAUGUUUCGGAUCCCAUUGAAGCUUUCCAACGCAAGGUUGUGUUUCCUGAAGGCGUGUUCCUCUGCGGAGAAAAUUGUGUUGGGUAUUUGGGGUGAACAGUCGGGUGUUUUCGCGAUUGUUCGAGUGGCGGAGGAUUUCGAAUGCGUUGAGGAUUCUUAUCUGAUCCUAAGAGAUUCCUAUGCAGUUUCCAUCGUCCACAUCAGUGGUAUUCGUGAGAAUGGCGACCCAGAAACGCAAAAUCGAGGAAAGUAUGCCGAAAUUUUCAGUUGCGCACCAGACGUCACCCGCGAUACCUGUUGGGCUUUGUGUCAUUCGGAUUCGGAAGAUGCAGUGGAAGUAUUUUUGGUUGAAAUUUCGAUCGAAACUGCUUCAUGCCUUAGACGAAUUGAAGUUCCCUCUGUUGGAUGGGUCACAACCGGCUUCUUGAACGUAUUUGCAUCGCAUUGUUGCGUUUUCUUGGCUUCCCAUUGCAGCACGGUUGCUGUAAAGAGGAUUUCGCUGUUCGAAGAGACUUCAUUGGAAGACGUCUGUGUUAAAAUAUCCGACGGUGAAAUCGUGUUCGCUGGCACAGAGACACUCUCUCUUGUCGGUGAUGGAAAGGGAUCAGUUGUUGUUCUCCUCUCGGAAAGAUCUGCUGAAUUUUGCGACGAGGAGAUCCCAAUCAUGGAUCUGGGCACAGUCGACGUGAAACAUUCGCUUCUUGUGGAUAAUCGUCGGGCCGAUAACGCAAUAGUGAACCGUAAAAUUGCAGGCGAGAAAGUGAAGGUCAUGAAAAGGGAGGCCAUCAAACAACUGCGAUCUGAAAUGGCGGAUAUACGAAAGGCCAAUAGCCAGUUGCCGUUUGCUCUCCGACUCCCCGAGACCUCUUUUACCUCGUCUCCUGAAGUCUUCUCUGAAAUAAACGCCGAGUAUGAGAGAAAAGUGCUCGAAAUACGCCGAGAACGAGAGCCUGCACUGAGAGCUGCGAAAAACUUCGAGGAAAAACUGAAGUUCUCUUUCCUAUCGCGUUGGCAAUGGCAAGAAACCGUGUGUUCCUUUGACGACGGAUUCAUGGAUGCGAGCCAAAGGCUACGAUUGAGAACAUGGCGAGUGGAGCGACCUGCAGAAGACCUUCAUUCGAAAUUGGCGUCGGACGUGAAGAAAAUGCUGGAAGAUGAUGACAUCUUCUUGAAACUGGGUUUCACAGGAUGUAACCAGUGUUUCCGGUUGGCUCUGAAGAACGCAUCCGUUCCCAAGGAAAGAAUACUUCGUCACGGGAUAAAAACUGAGGACUCCAUAUUCCCGGGUGACGUGACGUUGCCCAGAAAGCGAGCAGAGUUGUCACACGUUCGUGUUCGUCUCCUUGACUUUUGCUCGUCCUUCAACGCGAGCGUUUUGUCCCUGAUGGCCCAGUUCAAUGCCGCAAAGCUGGAGUUGGAGUCGAUUAUUGCAAAGCUGGGUCAAGGCAUUGGGAUGGAAUCUGCGCAGGAGAUCGUCGCCGGUGGGAUUCGGAACAAAGGUGUGAUUCCGACGCGUUUGUUGGACGACAUUCUACCGACGAGAUCUGAGAUCAUCCAAGCUAGGGAUGUUGAGAGUGACGAAGAAUCUUCUGCUGGAACGUCUGAAAGCGGGAAAUCUCCCGAGGUUUUGGAAUUCAAGGGGAUUCUUGGACAAAAGGCAAAUGCAGGAAAUCAGGGCCAUUUGUCUGUCCUGGAAGAAAGACUGUUGCGACACACGAGAUCAGCGUUGCUUCACGAAGCCGAGAAAGCCGUAGCAACAGCUUACGCUUUGCAUAUAAAGCUCAUCAACAAAUACAAUAAUUUGAAGGAAAAAGCGGUGAAGCUGUCAUUGGCGAAAGAAGUGGGCGAACUGCGGGUACUGGAAUUGGGUGAGCAAGUCGCCGUACUUGAAGAAACGGAGCAGUUGGAGCGGGAUGUUAUAGAACGUUUGAAAGCUGCUUACGAGUUCAAGGAGCAGAAGAAGGCUGAGGAAGCGCGAGUGAAGAAAGAGCUUGAUGAGAAGAUCAAAGAACUAGAAGGAGUGAAGAACGCAAUGGCUCGGUUGGACGACGAGGCAGACGCAAUUUUUUUCGCCUACCCUAGGCAUGUCGAUCAGUUGAGGUUGGUGUACAUGCGAAGAUCAAGCGUUUCUGAUCUUUCCGAAGCAUCGGAUCUCCGGAGUUCAUUUGGAUCUCGCCGUGCCUCCUACAGAAGCACAAAGCACGGACCCGUGGCCAUUCCAGGGAUUGAAGAAACCCGCCAAUUAUCCGCAUUUCGGCAAAAAUCCGAAGCCGAUUUGCACGCUGUUUCCGUUGCUCGCAUCAGGAUCGAAUCCGACCUCGCAUCUGCUUCAAACGCCGUUUCUGUCGCAGACACUCAGCUUCAGUCCGUCCUGGGUGAACACAGUGUUCUUCUGGCGCGGAAAAUGAAGUCCCUGCACGAUUUGCAAACCACGUUGAUACUCACGGCUCCUGAAGCCGAUAAAUACCUAAAGUCCUCGCAGAUGUCGCACCACGUCAUCAUAGAGGCGAAGGUUUAUGAAGCAUUGAAGCGGGAACUUGGGGAAAUAAGCGCGAGUCUCGUUGACAAUUCUGUCAAGCUAGCUGAGGAGAAGGAUAAGUUUCGGGAGGCGAUCAAAGCCGCGAAGAAGCUGAAACAAAAGCACGCGGAACUCGUCAAAACGAAGGAAGAGUGGACUAUAAGAAAAUUUGGCAAAGUCGUCAAGCUGAAGGCAUUGGAGAAACACUUGCGAAACAGGAAUGAAGAAAAGAAGGGCAAGACGUCGAAAAUGGAACCCACCAGUUCCAUAGACGCGAAGAAACGAGAUUUGGAGAAGAAGGCGAAGGAAAUGGAAGAAGAACUGACGGCAGUAACGAGGGAGAACACGCGCAAGAAAACGACUCUCCGACGUCUGCAAGAGAAAAAAGGCGAAGUGGAGGCCAAGCUGAGCGCGAGACGAUCCCAUCUGGCCUGGCUGGCCCGACGUGGGCUCCAAUACCACGGUAUGGACCUUCUCAACGACCAACUCGGGCCACUGCUGUACAAAAUUGAGGCCCAGGCUGCCAAGAUUGACAACCUGACUUUACAGAUACUCGCGUUCAGGUCCAAGGCUAUCCCUGCUCCGAGACCCAUGGGUUCUGGAUUUGAAUUGUUUUGAAAAGAAGGAAACAUGGCUCGGGUGUGUGUGUGCGUGUGUACCUAGUUUGCCUUGAAAUAAGUUCCCGUGGUGUUCAUGUCAAAAAUAUGAUUCAAGCCGAAGAUAAGUCUUCACCAAGAUGUAAUUGUAGCUGAAGAAUUGCUUCCUUUCUAUGAAUUUUCAAAAAACAGUUGGUAAAAGUACUUUAUACCAUUCGCUGAUUUGAGUGUAUAUCUUCCUGACUAGUCUGAGGUUGUGGAAAAACUAGAUAGUCUUUGCAACGAAAAGAAUUCAAGAUAUAUUGCCGAUCUCCUCCAGAUGCAAUUGCUGGAUAUUCAGCGCUUUAAGAAUGUGUUCAUAUGCUUCUUGAUUCUGAAGUUUCGGGCAUUUUUAUCUUUUUUCGUAACAAGUCAAAACAUACGUGAGUUUUUUCAAUAUUGUGAUCUACGAAAACAUCCGUCCUGUUGUCCCUUGUUUCGGACGCGAAACUGAAGUGUUCAUUGUGCUAUGCGAUCGCUGGUAAAAAAAAAAAAUUGCUGAAAA